AUGCAUCACUUCAUCUUCAUGCGUCCACCCCCAGGAGCCCCCAUGCACCACUUCCGCCCGCCCCCCGGCGCCUCCCCCCUCCCCUUCCCCUUCCCGGGCAUGCCCCGCGCGCCCAGCCCCUUCCCCCACGCCCUGGCGCGUCCGCCCUCCCUUCCUCCGCCCAACAUGCGCCUCCCCGCGCCUCCCCACGGGGGGAGCGCGCCCCUGAGCUCGUUUCUGGCGGCUGCUGCGUCGAGGGGAGGGGCUGGUGCGGGGGGAACGGGGGGAGUGGGCGGGGAGAAGGCGCAGACGACUGUGUAUGUGGGGAAGCUCGCGCCCUCUGUUGACGAUACGCUGGUGGUUAAACUGCUGGAGCUGUGCGGCCCAUUGAGGAGCUGGAAGAGGGCGUCGGACCCAACCACCGGCAGUCCCAAGGGGUUUGGGUUCUGCGAGUUUGACUCGGCUGAUGGCGUGUUGCGCGCCCUGCGCCUGCUCAACCGCCGCGAGAUCGAUGGCCAGAACCUGCUGCUGAACGUCAAUGCAGCCACAAGGGAGUAUCUGGAGCGCGUGGUAGCUUCCAGGAAAGCCUCCUUUGCCGCCCUCGAAGCUUCCAGGAAAGGAUUGGCUGACCAGGGCGGGAAGGCGGGAGGGGAGGGAGAGGGCGAAGGGGACAAGGCGAAUGGGAAGGAGGAGAAGAGUGAGGAGGCUGAUGGGGUAAAGGCAGGGGAAGGGGUAGGAGGAGCGAAGGAAGAUGAGAGAGAAGGGAAAGGGGAGGAGGGGAAGGAAGGGAGCAAGGAGGGAGAGGAGGAGGGGGAGAAGAAGGGAGAGGAGAAGACGGAGGACGAGGAGGAGAGGAGGAAGGAGGAGGAGGCGAGGGUGUUUGGGCUGGUGACGCCUGAAGACAAGGACAAGGACGAAGCCGCUCUGGCAAAGCUCAAUAGCAUGCUUCAGGAGAGGGCGAAGCUGCUGCCACCACCACCGCCACCGCCUCUCAAGGACAGCAGCAAGGAGGCUGACACGUCUGUCGCUGAAUCAGGAGGUGACGGGCGCAGGCGGGAGGGCAGGAAGCGAGAGAGGGAAGAUGCUGAUUCUGACGAUGAUGAUCAUGGGCAUGAGCGGUCCAGGCACAGGGACAGGGAGAGGGAGCGAGACAGGGAGCGGGACAGGGAGCGGGAGAGGGGUGAUGAGGAUGAUCGGGAGAAGGAGAGGGACGGGGAGAGGGAGAGGGAGAAACCGAGGGAGCAUAAGAGUGCAAAGGAGUGGGAGAAGGAGAGGGAGCAGCGGGAGAAGGAGCGGGAGGAGAGGGGCAAAGAGAGGGAGUAUGAACGGCUGGAGCAGAGGAGGGAGAGGGAGAGGGGGCGCAGGGAGAGAGACAGGGAGAUGAACUUGAGAGAGCUUGACAGGCUUGUGCUGCUGGGAGGGCAAGCUGCUGCUGCCACAGUUGUGGAGGUUGAAGGUGGGGAGGGUGAAGGUGGGGAGGGUGAAGGUGGGGAGGGUGAAGGUGGGGAGGGUGAAGGUGGGGAGGGUGAAGGUGGGGAGGGUGCUGACGGAAUUGGAGGAGAUGUGUUGGUGAAGACAGAAGAGACGAACGGGUUCAUUCCAGCAGCAGCAGAAGAGGAUACAGAAGCUACUGCUCUUGCUGCUGCGCCGGCAUCACCACCUGCGCCUGUCCCCCCGCCGCUUCCUGAAGUGAAGUUCUCGCUACCCAGUCUGGCAGAUCUGCUUCCCUCCCUCCACCCACCCUCUGCUGCCGCUGCUGCAGCUGCUGGGUCACCUGCGGGGCUGCAGGCAGGGCAGAUGGCGGGUGGCGAGGGAGUAGGGGGUCCGCGGCAGGGAGGGAGGGGCAGGGAAUCGGAGGUGGAUGCGCUAGUGCGAGCUGUGGCGGCCCAUGCCAAGGACAGGGAGGGGCGCGCAGGUACGUCGCUGAUUGACUCCAUCCCCAAGAGCAAGGACGAGCUCUUUGCUGUGCCCAUCAACUGGACCGUCUAUGAUGAGAGCGCCCUGCACCAGCGCAUGCGGCCAUGGGUGGCGAAGAAGAUCCAGGAGUUCCUUGGGGAGGAGGAGCCCACGCUGGUGGACUUCAUUCUCUCCAAGUCGCAGCAGCAUGUGGGCGGGGCUGCGCUGCUGGGGCUGCUGGAGCCCAUACUGGACGAGGAGGCGGAGAUGUUUGUGCUCAAGAUGUGGCGCAUGCUCAUCUUUGAGAUCAAACGCGUUGAGAUGGGGCUCACGGGGAAGGCCGGUGGGAAGUAG